UCUUCCCCCUCCACCCAAGUGGUGUGGUCGUGUGGUGUCUGGUGUGUCAAACGAGAUCGUGCGAGUGCGGGUCCACAAUUUACCCCAAAACGACAUUAUUUUUUAAAUUUUCCAUUAAUGAAUUGAGUGCCCACGCGAUUACUUCUCAGUCAACCCCGGAAACUUCAUCCGGAUCAUUUGAUCAUAAAUCUUGAUAAUUACAAACGGUGAAACAUGUUCCUUUGGGACUGGUUCUCCGGAGUACUCGGCUAUCUAGGCCUAUGGAAAAAGGGCGGUAAAUUACUGUUUCUCGGCCUGGACAAUGCCGGAAAAACAACACUACUUCACAUGCUCAAGGACGACCGGCUAGCUCAACACGUACCCACGUUGCAUCCGACGUCUGAAGAAUUGUCCAUUGGAAAUAUUCGCUUCACGACCUUCGAUCUUGGAGGCCACACACAGGCACGUAGAGUAUGGAAGGACUAUUUUCCCGCAGUAGAUGCUAUCGUAUUUCUGGUAGACGCGAGUGACACUACACGACUACUAGAGGCCAAGGCUGAGCUUAAAGCUCUCCUUACUGACGAGCAACUUAGCUCAUGUCCAGUACUUGUAUUAGGCAAUAAAAUCGACAAGCCGGGCGCUGCAUCAGAACAAGACCUCAUGAAUCACUUCAAUCUGUAUGGCCAAACGACUGGCAAGGGUAAAGUUCCCAGAAGUGAUAUUCCCGGUCGUCCACUGGAGUUGUUCAUGUGCUCAGUGUUGAAACGACAGGGAUACGGCGAGGGCUUCCGUUGGCUCGCCCAGUACAUUGACUGAACACGCACGUAAACACCAUUAAAUCGUUCUCCUCGUCAAAACAGGAAGAAACAAAUGAAAAAAUCAACCACCAAUGUAAUCGUCAACGGAGAUAUUGGUACCUUAUUGUUACAAUUAUUUUUCAUCAGUGAAAUUAAUUCAUGCAUUGAUAACAGCCAUCAUUGUAUUUAAUUCGAAAUCAAAUGUGAUGUUUGUGCUGAAAAGAUUUGUCAUUUUAAUUGAUUAAACGAUUUAUUGAGAAGUGGGGAGGGAGAAGAAAGAGAUGCUAUUGAUACGAAAAUGAAUGCAAAACCGUUUGAGAAAUAAAAAGGAAAAAAAAACAUUUUGAUAAAUGAACAA